AUGAAUUCAACUAGUGUUGUUGAUCUUUUGGAUUAUACCUUAUUAAAAGAUGAUUUACCAAGAGUAAUACGAAUAGAAUCAAUUAUAAAAAUACUUCCAAAAAUUUCACAAUCUAUCAUCUCAGAAACUGAUAUAGAAAUACUUAAAAAAAUUAUAAUAUGGAAUGCAUCAAUGUACCCUUUCAUAUUUGAAUCAAUGUGCCAAAAUCCUGUGGAUGCAUCAUUACUUUGGGAUGAUGUUUCCCUAAUUAAAAAACAAAUUAUGAGCUUUUUUGAUUCAGAAAAAACUAAUGAGGGCAUAAAAUUAUGUGCAGUAAAAUAUCUACAAGUAGUUGCCCGUGUUCAGUCUAGACAUAUGUCAGAUUCAACGGUUAAGGCUGAAUCUGAUAUUUCGUUAUCCUUAUGUCCGCCGUCUCAUUCAAUACUAGAUAUACAGGCAUUAGAAAAAGAAUCAAUAUCAAUAGUGAAUGGAUUAUUAUCUUUUCUUGACACAGAAUCAAGUAUUGUAAUUACAGCAAUGAUCAAUGCAAUGGGAUCUAUAUUGAGAUCACGUCCACAAUAUAUUCAAGUUUUAUUAAAUGUUGUUAAAGUAUGGUGUAAGAAUGAUAUGCCAAAACAUUUUACUGAAUUACAAUUACAAAGUAUUAAAAAAACGACCAAAAUACAUUUAAUAUCACUUUUAAGAAUUUAUGAAUCAUCUCCUAUUAUGGCUAAUGAGAUAUUUGAUUGUAUAAUACUCUUGGGAGGAAAGAAUGAUCCAUCUAAAUUUUCAAGACAAUUUCGAAGAAUGGUUCAACAACAACAAGAUAACGAAUUGUUAAAUGGAAAUUUACCAAAAAAAUUGGAUCAACUUAAACAAGAAAUAUUAGAAGGCGAAAAACAUCAAUCAAUGGUAGUAGAUGUUGAACAAGAAAAAAAAAUAUCCAAAUCACCAAAUUUUCCUCCUGUUGUUGAUAUGGCAAAAGAUGGAUCAGAACCUAACAAAUUAGACAAUUUUGAUUAUGAAGAUGAGAAAAUGGAUUAUCCGGUCGAAGAGAAAAACAUUAAAUUAGACACAGAAGAAAAAAUUAUUAAAUCAGAUGAAGCAACAUACCAAUAUAUACUUCCGCCACCAUCAACAUUAUCAGAAGAGGAAUCACACAAUUUUGUCAAAAUGGCACUUAAGAAUAUGUUGGAAGUUGAAGGGGUAAUACCUGCAGAUGCAAAGAGUAACAAACGAUCUAGUAUAGUCUCGACGACUUUGUCUAGUGGUAAAAGAUUUACAAAGUCGCAAUUACACGUGAUGACUUCACGAUUGUUGACAAGGGGUCUUGAAACUUCGAUGGAACGAAGGGAAAAUCUUGAUGAGUUAAGAGAUAUGAAAUUACAAUAUAUUGUUGAAGAUUUUAAAAACAGAAUGGACUAUGCUUUAACAUGGCUUGAUGAAGAAUGGUACCAUGAUUCCAUAAUGCAAAAUGAAAACUCUUCAUAUGAGCCAAAUUAUACUAAAUGGUUAAAUAGAUUAUUAGACAGAAUCAUGCCUGCCCUUGAAGAUCAUACUUUUACACAAUUUAUAUUAGAUAUACCAGAAAUAUUUGAAGAUGUAGUUAAUAGAAUUAAAAUAUUUUGCAAUGAUCCUGACAGAAUGUCACUUGGAUUUUCAACCUUGAGUGAAUUGGUUAACUUAAGACCACCUGCAAGAAAUUUUUGUUUGAAAAUAUUACUGGCUUAUUGUCUCUACAAAGAUGAUAAGAUACGUGGACAUGCAGUAAUGGUUACAAAUAAAUGGUAUCCUACACAUGUUAGCAUUUCUAGAAAAAUAGAGACAUUUGCAUUAGAAUCAUUAAGGCAACUUUGUAAUGAAACACCACCACCAAUUUUUGAUUUUCAUUAUCAUUUUAAAGAAAACUUAUAUAAAGAAUUAUUGAAUGUUUAUGUGAAUACAAAUGAAUCAGUGAAAAGUAUGAUUCGUAAAUACGCAUCAAAAUUAGUAGAGAUUAUAGGAUUGAAUGGGUUACUGGAAACUUUUCAGAAUUUCCCAGAUGGUACACAAGAUUUAGUAUUAAGAAUGCUGAUUGUAUAUACAAACAAUAACGUACUACCACCUAAAUUGGUCAGUACUGUGAAGGAAGUAAUUGCUGAAAGAGAUUUAGAUGGACGAUUCCUUUUUCCAACAAUUGCAUAUUUUGAAAAGGAAGAUAUUUUAAAACAUCUUCCAAAAGUUUUAUUAACACUUGAUGCCAGUGAAAAACAACGUGAUCUUGUUAAAAAAGUUUUUCAUAAAAUUUUAACACCAUCUCAUGGUUCUACAAAUCCUACAAAUUCAACAGUGACCCCAAUAGAAUUACUAGUGGCAAUCCAUAAGAUGUCAGUUCCAUUAAAACAAUUGGCUGAAGGAAUACAUAUUUGUUUUUUAUUACCAACUAUUUUUACAUCUCAAGUUUUAGCAGCAGUACUACAUAAUUUAUCAAUAAUGUCUGAAAUGCCUACUUUAUUUAUGAGAACUACUAUUUCAAGUUUUGUGAAUGAAUUAUUGAUACGUCAUAUUAAUCAAAUAUGGGAUAAUGACAUGUUACGUAAAGGGUUUAUUUUAUAUUGUGCAGAGUUUUGUCUUAAGAUACAAUCAAAUAAUUUUUCAUUUUUAUUAGCAUUACCAAAAGCUCAUAUAAUAGAAGUAUUAUCACAACAAGAUCCAAAAUUAAAAAAUUCACUAAAAGAAUAUAUUAAGAAAAAAAUUACCCAUUUAGAAAAUUUAGAAUUAGAUGAGAAAGUAAUUUUAAAAAAAAAAUUUUGA